GUAGGUCAUUACGUCGCCUUUAGAUUUUUCAAAAUUAUGUUGUAUUUAUUACAGUGGUUGUGCGUUUGUUGUGACUGACUACGCUCUUAGCAACGUGAGAGAAACGCCGUAGCUAUAGACACCGUUAACUGUUAAGGCACAAACGCCUUUUUCCGUCAAUAAUAUUCUGGUGAACGAUUAACUCCGACAAUUGCAGUUGUGUUCGAUUGGUUCGUUGUACAAUCUACACACACAAUUUUUACUACAAAACAAAAAAUGACGGAAUUAAGUUUUUAUUGCUUACAACUUAAAAUAGACAAAUUAUAAUAUACUAUAUAAACAAUAGGUAAUUCCAUGUAAAUUUCAAUAAAGAGUAGAAUGAAAUUAGAAGGGUCAGCUAAUGCUAGUUCUCAAAUUAAUGCUAUAACUGAUGUAAAAACUGGUGAGAAUAUCAAUAGUAAUAAACUACAUACAAAUUCUAUACCACAUAAAACUAGUCCAGUUAUCAAAAAUAUUAUAUCAAUGGAUGAUGAUGAAAAUCACCUAAAUCAUAAAGAUAAAAAUUCUUCUACAGUUACUGACAAUAAUGGCGGGCAUUGUGUAGUAGUAAAAUCAGUUCCCAAAGUAGAACCUAAUGAUUCUGAUGAUAUUGGCCAAUCUACUUAUGUACAGUAUGUUGAAGGAACUAGUAAACAAGCAAUAUUCAAAAAUGAACAAAUAGCAUAUCCGAUUUAUACUGUGGGUAAGAGUGGAGCAAUAUAUCAAACUGGUCAAACCCAUUAUUACACUCCAAGCACAAAUUCUUAUUCACAAGUUACAAAUACUUUAGGUCAACCAACAUGUCAUGGAACCAAUAUUAUACAACAGAGCGUUGAUAAUUAUCAUACUAUUAUCUCUGCUGCUCAAAGAAACAAAUCAAAUUCUACUAUAUCUCCGGAUAUGUCAUAUCAUACUGUGAAAACUAUUAAGUCUGACAUAACAAACACAAAUACAGAUCAAAUUAAUGGUAUAAAGUUAAACACAGAAAUGCAUAACCCCAGUCUUACUCACACAAAUAAAAUAUCUCCUGCAAUUGUCAACUGGCUGAAGGAAAAUUAUGAAAUGGCGGAAGGAGUAUCGUUACUUCGAUCAACAAUUUAUGAUUAUUAUUUAACACAUUGCUUAAAAACUAAAAUUGAUCCUGUAAAUGGACCAUCUUUUGGUAAAAUUAUCCGAUCUGUGUUUACAGGAUUACGUACAAGACGUCUUGGAAGUCGAGGAAAUUCCAAGUAUCAUUAUUAUGGUAUUAGAAUUAAAGCUAAUUCUUUAUUAAACAACUUUAAAGAAGAAAAAGAAGGCCUACCAAGUCAAACAAAUCAAAAUAGUAGUUCAAAACAUAUUAUGUUUAUUAAAACAGAGGAACAAAAUCACAAGCAAUACACCACCAAUAGUUCAGAUUCUGCUGAUUGUUCUCAAAACAAUAUUCCAUCUUAUCAAGCACAAGACCAAGAAUAUUUAGGUGAUGGUGCUAAUGCUGUACCAGAAUUUCCUGAUGUAUUGAAUGAAAUAGAAUUGAAUCAUAAUUUUACUUUAGAAGAUGUAGAUACAUUCAAAAAUUUAUAUCGUGAACAUUAUAAAGCGUUUUUAAGUGCCAUAUUAAAUUUAGAAUUUGGCACUGUUGAGUCACUUUGGCGUCAAUUUUGGCGUAAUCAAGAUAGUAAUAACGAUGAAUGUGAAGAAAAAAAAUAUUUAUCUAAAGAAAAAUUAUAUUCUUUAUCAAAAUGCAAAACAUUGCAAUUAUUUGUAAAAACUGCUGACUUUCUAUUUUAUCAAAACUUGGUAAAAGUUUUAAUUCCAGAUGUUCUUCGGCCUGUUCCUAGAACAUUAACACAAGCCAUUAGAAACUUUUCCAAAAGUUUAGAGUCAUGGCUUAUUUCUGCAAUGCAGGGAUACCCAGAAGAAAUGAUUUCAAUUAAAGUGACUGCUGUUAGAACUUUUGCACAAACAUUACGUAGAUACACUACUGCAAGAGCUGUACUUCAAAAUUAUACUCAAAUAAAUCAAAUGCUUACUGAUUUGAAUCAUGUAGACGUCCGUAAUUUACAAGAACAAGUUCAACUAAUAAAUAAUUUGGGAAAUGAAAAUGAUUCAGUUUAUACAAAGAAAAGAGUACAUGCAAAAAUAAAUGAGAGUUCUGAAAUGCUUUCAGAUUUUAAUAAACUCUCUAAAAAAACAAAAACUCACAAUUAUUUGGCCACUGCUUCCACAGAUGCAGAAUGUUUUGAUGUUAUAUUAAAAAAUCCAUCAAAAGAAACUAAAAACAAUAAAUCUAAGAUCGAAAUAAAAGAAGAAACUCAGUUGUUAAAAGAUGCAUCUAAACAAAAACAUCCUAUAAAAAUAGAAUACUUGAAAGAAGAUAUAUUUGAAGAUCAUACACAAGAGAUAUAUAAUGAUACUGCUAUGAUCAACACUCCUUGUAAUCCAAGUAUUUCAAAAAUCCAUAAUGAGUACCCUAAAUUAUCUAAUAAACUAUCAAAAAAAAAAAAUAAUAAACAGAAAAUAAUAAUUAAGUCGGAAAUAAUGUCACCAAAAAACGAUUCGCCUCAAUUAGUAGACACGGCGGAUGUAGAGGCAUAUAAUAGUAAUAAUUGUUUUGGCAAUGACAGUGGAGAACAUUUUGAAUUUUUCACUGCUCAGAACGAUUACAAGUCAGAGUAUCCCAAUAAAGUUGACACUGGUGUAUUUUCCUGUCAAUUUUGUGAUAAAAAAUUUACCAACGCCAAUAGUUUAUCCAGACACGAAAAUGUUCACACUGGAAAAACUCCUAUCGAGUGUGACGUCUGCUUUAAAACGUUUAUCAGCAAAUCUAUAUUAUGUAUACAUAAAAGAUCGCAUACCGGAGAGAAACCAUAUGCAUGCAACGUUUGUGGACGAUCAUUUACGCAAAAAUCACAUUUGGUUUUACAUUAUAGAACACACACAGGCGAAAAACCAUACAAAUGCUGCCUGUGUGAAAAAAAAUUCUCAUCAACCAGUGGUCGAGCAGAACAUACACGUAGACGUCACCCAUACGUUUGAUUGCAUGGUUGCAGUACUCGUUAAUGAUGGCUUAAGGUCUUAAUUUCUCCAGAUGAAAAUGUACCUGAUAAGAAUUUGUAUGGAAUCUUUUAUGAGACAAUUUAAAAUGCAUAACCUUUCUUAUAGUUAAUUAUGUUAUUGUUAAGUAUUAAGACUUUGAAUGUAAACCUUAAAAAUUAAAAAUCGUUUUCUUGAAAGUACUAAUUGUUUAUUAAACAAAAUAAAAAGAGAAUAUGUUCAUAACUCAAAGACGUAAAGCGAUAAACCACUUCACUUGGUCGCUUAAAAUCAGGAACACAAUAAACUGAGUAAACGAUAUCACUACAUCGUCGUAAACGCGACAUCCGUAAAUGCACUUACGAAUUUUUCUGCAGAUCACGUCGAACAACAAACAAAAACUCUCAAUGUGACGUUGUGGUAUUUUCUUUCUCCUUGAAAUUCUUUUCGAAACUACUAUAGUUAGGUUAUACGUUAUACUACUACAAAACCACAUGGACCUGAAAACCUUUUUUGUGUGACUUUAUCACAUCGUCCGUGCAAAUGACCAAUUCGAGAAAAAAAUUUACCGAUAUACAUUUCAGAACGUUUUCACA